CCGGCGGCGGCGGCGGCAUGUCCAAGGCCAGCGCGGCCGAGCUCAAGGUCUUCAAGUCCGGCAGCGUGGACGGCCGAGUCCCCGGCGGGCCGCCCGCCUCCAACCUGCGCAAACAGAAGUCGCUCAGCAACCUGUCGUUCCUCACGGACUCUGAGAAGAAGCUGCGGCCCUAUGAGUGGAGCGAUGACAUGGCCAAGGCGCCCAAGGGCUUGGGUGAGGCCGGCCCCAAAGGCCGCGAGGCCCCGCCGAUGUCCAAGACGCUGUCCAAGUCCGAGCACUCGCUCUUCCAGACCAAGGGCGGCCCGGCGGGCGCCGCCAAGACGCCCCUGGCUCCGCUGGCGCCCAGCCUGGGAAAGCCGAGCCGCAUCCCGCGUGGGCCGUACGCCGAGGUCAAGCCGCUCAGCAAGGCUCCCGAGGCAGCCGUGAGCGACGAUGGCAAGUCGGACGACGAGCUGCUGUCCAGCAAGGCCAAGGCGCAGAAGGCUUCCGGGACCGUGCCCUCCACCAAGGGCCAGGAGGAGCGCGCCUUCCUCAAGGUGGACCCCGAGCUCGUGGUGACCGUGCUGGGAGACCUGGAGCAGCUGCUCUUCAGCCAGAUGCUGGACCCCGAGUCCCAGAGGAAAAGGACAGUGCAGAACGUCCUGGACCUUCGGCAGAACCUGGAGGAGACCAUGUCCAGCCUGCGAGGGUCCCAGGUGACUCACAGCUCCCUGGAGACGACCUGCUAUGACAGCGACGACGCCAACCCCCGCAGCAUGUCCAGCCUCUCCAACCGCUCGUCCCCUCUGUCCUGGCGCUAA